ACCGUCCUCGCGGCAGAACUGGAGGAGGAAAGGAAGUCGCGGAAGGCAGCGGAGCGCCUUAUUGAUACUAUGACCACCGAUCACCGGGAGUACGAUCGGUUGGUUAUGCAGAUAGAUGCGCUAGCCCUCCAGCACUUCCCGGCAUCCCAGGUCUUUGCCUUAAAGAAGGUGAGGGAGGAUCGGAUUGCGCGGGAAUUUCCAAAUCUGGAUGCGCACUGGGAUGGGUACGACUAUCUUGUCGCCCUCUCCGCGCGUGUUCAGCAUAUGCGCUCCGUCGACCGGCUUCUUGCUGACCUGCCAGCCGCUGCCAUCCAAGUUUUCAAGGUUUUGUGGCCUGAGGAGGAGCUGCCGGGGAAUAUCACCCUCACCGCCUCGCGGCUUAAUGACGCCGGGCACCGGAUCCGCGAGUGGCAGUGUUCCGCGGCUCGUGCCGGAGCUGACACGGCGCUGCGCUCUGUGUGCUCAUGGUACCCUGCUCUUGACCUGGAUGCUCUCCAAGGUGUUCGCGCGGACGCUCCCACGGACACCGACCCGGCGCUCUCCGCGAGCGGCAGGACCGGGCAUACCGGCUCGCUGAGUAUGCCGAGAUUGAAGAUGGUUGAAUGCGCCCAUAAUAAGGUGUACAAUGUUGGUUUCCACUGGAUUCUGCUAAACAUUAAAGUUGAUAAGGGGAUUGUUGAAGUAAGCGACCCAUUGAAUAGAGGCCUGGACGGGUUCCACGACUUGCAGGAGAUUCUCUAG